AUGCUGACGACGCGCUUAUUUUAUUUUAUUUAUCUGCCGCUUGCUUCAACGAUAUUUCCUAAUGAUCCUGAAGAUGCUGGCGAAAGGUUACGUAAUGAAACAGAAGCAACGUGCCAUGUCAUGACCCUCGUCAAAUCUCACGCUUCGUUGUCCAUCAAGAUUUCAUUUCACUAUAAUCUCACAACAUUUCCGCACAAAAAAUUAUUUGGAACUGGAAAUUUCGACAGAAAGUUGAUGAACUGA